CUGCUCGAGUGUUCAACGUGCUGCUGCAGGCUCGAGAGGCAGAGAGCCGUGGCACUGACAAACCCACAGACAUUCAUCCAGUGGCAAGAUGGGAUGUACCACGGGGCACUUCACUUGCCAACCGCAGACGGCGGCGGCCCCGACCCUGGAAGGCCAGUCACAAGACGGUGCACCCAAAGUCCCAGAGGUGCUCUCGUCCCUAGAGAGGCUCUCGCAAGCCACGGGAGGGAUGGAGAAGUCUUGGUACCGCUGCAUCUUUCCAUUCGGGAUCAUCUCGUUGGUCAUCGGAGUGGCGGGAACUGGGGUGACGUACGCGUACAACGAUCUCCCGCAGACCAAGGUGGUUUCCAUGGUCCUGUUGAUCGUGGGGCUUGUCCUGGUACUGAUGGCGACCACUUGCUGGACGGUCCACAAGAAGAAGCGCAGGAAAAAGAAGGAAGGAGGUUCCUUCAGCUCCGAACAGUGUCCCUUGUGAGAGCGCCCCAAAAACCAAACUGUGGCGGAUAAUGGACCGAGAUCUCCGACACGUCGCGAAGGACAGGUCCUCUCUGAGAAUCCGGUGAAAAAUACGCCGCAAGGCUGGCAUGAGGGUUCACCGGAGUCACGCAUGCAGUUUACCGUUGCUCAGCAGGUGUCUGGUAUCAAAACAAGCCUGGAGAGAGACACACAUCCCCGCACGCACACACACAGGACACUUAACACUAGCCGCGAGCCUCUCGCGGAGCCUCUGCUGUCGUCAACGCCGCUGUCAGUCUCCAGCAUUCCUGUGACGCCGAAGAAGUGGGCCAGUGGCGGCAACCGGACACCGCGACGAAAGAGGAGUUCACCUCCGUCACCGUCGCACGUCAUUCGCCCGUCCGGUGACACCGUAGCAAUGCGCAAGCUUUUUUACGGAGUGGAACUUGAACCUGCGUCUGCUAGCUAGAACCGGCAGCUGCGGAUCAGGAUAGGAGGAAAGCACGGACUGGAGAGGUCGAGAAUGUGUCCGUCUGCAUGUGUGUGUGCGUGCUGGAUGGACUAGAGAGACAAGACACCUGCUCGGCCUCUUUCGCUGUCAGCCCGCCGUCAAUCGUAGCCCUAAUGAUUUAGGACAGGGGUGCAGCGUCUGAUAUGAAGGACGCAAAGACCCGAGCUUGAUUUAUUGGGAAUUUUACACAGUGUACAGUAUGUUGAAGGAGUUGUGUGUGUGUGUGUGUGUGUGUGUGUGCAUGUGAUUCUAUCUGGCAAAUCCAGGACUCUUCAAGGACCUCAUAUAAUCGGUAUUCUGAAAAACAACCACAGUGGAAUUUUAUUACGGACACUGUUCUGAGAAAGGCAAGCAAACCGAAGGGCCUUUUGUUCUGAGACAGCCUGAAAAGAAAAUUCAUUUCCUGUCUGGCAGAUGAGCGGGAUUACUAAGGGGGGAAAAAGAUGCCACAAGGGUACAAGAAAAGUCAAAAGUGCCAGUUGAGUUUUAUUCUUGUUCCAGUGCCUUGAGCAAGCGAUAGGACUUUGCAUGGUACAGUAGCUGUGUUUUUACCCCUCCGUCUCUCUUUUCCUCUUCCAGUGCCAGGUUUAAAACUCCAACUCAGCUAUUUUAGCACGUUCUCCUCGCCCCCAAAAACAACACACAUGAAUAUGUCGUCAGCUUGACCUGGUCAGAGCCCACAAAGGCUGGAGCUUACAUCCGUUUUCACAAUGGGAAUACUGCUUAUUUACACUGCCUUGAUCUGGGAAGCAUUUGGCACGUUUUGUUAUGGAUACAGUGGGUGGGUAACAGAUAAUGAGUUAAAGGGAUAGGUCAUCUAAAAAUGAAAACUCUGUCAUCCUUGUGUCGUUCCAAAUCUGUAUGGCCGACUUUCUUCUGAGGAAGACAAAAACUCAAUGGGGUCCAAAACAUCACAAGAGUAGAGACAUUUGUGACCCUGGACACGGGGAUAUUUGUAGCAGUUGCCAAAAAUAUAUUGCAUGGGUCAAAAUUUUUCUUUUAUGCCAAAAAUCAUUAGGAUAUUAAGUAAAGAUCAUGUUCCAUGAAAUAUUUUGCAAAUUUCCUACCGUGAAUAUAUCAAAGCUUAAUUUUUGAUUAUGCAUUGCUGAGAGCUUUAAAGACAAUUUUCUCAGCAUUUUGUUUUUUUUGCACCCUCAGAUUUCAGAUUUUCAAAUACUUGUUUCUCAGCCAAAUAUUGUCCUAUCCUAACAAACCAUACAUCAAUGCAAAGCUUAUUUAUGAAUCUCAAUUUCAAAAAAUUGAUCCUUAUGACUGGUUUUGUGGUCCAGGGUCACUUUUCAAAAUACCUUCUUUCAUGUUCCACAGCAGAAAGGAAGUCGUACCAAUCUUAGGGUGAGGAAACGAUGACAGAAUUUUCCUUUUUGGGCAAGUUUAGCCUUUAGAUGUCUCAUAUAUCCUGUGUGAAGACUAAAAUUUGGAGCUGGACAAAAAUCCAUAUCAAUUCAGAGGUUAAUACCCUUUUCCGUUCACUGAAAGCUUAUCGAUCGAGAUGUUUCCAACACGUUCAAGAGUGGUUUUGAGAAUCACUGUGCAUGAGAGACAGAAAAGAGACAGGAUUAACAACCUUGAGUACUUGAAAAGGCUGUUUUUGAAGCGUUUAGCUAUUAGCGUAUGUGCUAAACUCACCUUACUAGACUUGUUUGAGCCCUGAGGAAGAUUUUAUUGCUCUUUCAUAGCUCAGGAGAUUUAAUGAAUUUCUCGGUUGUGUCUCAGAUGUUUCUCCUAAAAUGUUCAUAUUGCAAUCUCUGACUUUUGGUUGCACAUUCUAAGAAAACCUGUGAUAUUACUGGUUCUUUUUCACCGCUGACCUUCAUUUAAUCUCAUUGCUGUCUGGGAGAAACAUUCUGAGAUAUUAAAAAGAUUAAACAGAUGUAAGAUUUUGGUUUUUGUAACUAAAAACACAUUUUUGGAGUGAGUGAGUGCGUGCGCAUGGCAUGCAACACGGCGGUCCUGCGCUUGGGGCACGUCCAGGUGGAAUUGAUUUCAAACAGUGACGUCCGACCACAUGGCUAUGGAUAAACACAGUGCCUUUUUGUCGACUGAUGUACGUGCUGUAAAGCUGCCUGUGCCUCCUUAAGCGUUUUUAAUUGCUUCACGCCAGAAUGUGGUUUUUGUCCCUUUACAGAAACAGAUUGCCUUCUUGUGUUUUUCCACAGCGAAAGGUAACGAAGGCAGGGCAUUUAGAGUUUCCGACUGCAUUUUAAACACUUUUCACAAUGCUCUUAACAAACAACAGACUAGAAUCAGGUUACUGUUAAAUCAGGGAUGAAGUUGAUGUUUGAGUUGGAAAAAGGGACCAGAUGAGUUCAGUUUGGAUAUCAAUGACCGACCCUAAUGGAGUGUCUGAUUGUAUCAUGGAAAGCCAGUUAUCCAAGAUAGCUGUUUACAUAAGCAAAUCAAGAUCAGACGUUCAAAUCUGAGUCAUCAGGAAAACAUGGUGCUGCUCCCCCCACCACCACCCACCCAAAACAAGAAACGCAAUGGCUAUAUCUAAUCAUCCUUAGAAAGCAAAACUGUGAGAUUUAAAGAUGUCUUUUCAAAUAAUGUAUCUUGAAAUGUUUAUUAUAUAGGCGUAUUCUUUGAAAAGACGUCAUUAUACACACAAACGUAAAUCUUUAUUAUUAAAAGUAAAGGAUUUUUAGAUAUUGCUGCAAAAAUACUUGUUUUGAUUUCCAGAAAGGCAGUCAAGGGUAAAUAAACACAAACAUGUAAUGUUUCUUUUUGCAUUUUGUAAUCCAGUUUUUGUUGGCCUUCCUGUGUGAUUGUUUCCAUGCGUAUCUGGAAGUAGUUGUUCGCAUGAUUUCCUCCAGAUUUCAGAUUCUCUUUCGCUCUAUUUACGAGAGCUGGAAGGAGGGAAAUUUAUAGCGGGUGAACAGAGUUGUGCAAUUUCAUUGAAAAGACGUGAGAGGAAUGUCAAGGCGUGGAAUGCGCAAUACUGGACCCAUAUAUGUACUUGGCUUUGUUUAUCACCUCGCAGUCUCCUGCUGUACAUAAAUCCACAUCUGACACCCACAAUGUACUGAACUGUCCAUGCGGUUUUGUUCUUUGAACUUGCUCUUGUUUAACGUCAGACGUGGAAAAGGUGUCGCGAAUGAGCGAGACGUGAACGAAUUACUGUUCUGCUGUUUCAUAUUAUGGAAUGGGAAAGAGUAAAUCUACCUCUCUAGUUCUGAGAGCGUGUUUUCGCCGUCUUUACAUUCUCCAGAAUGCUUUCUCUCUUUAAGCUUGAGGCAGCAAAUGCCGAAAUCUGUAUUCUGUGUCAAACUAUGUGAUGUAAAUAGUAGCUAUUUAUAUUUUUACAUUUAUAUUCAUAUUAAAAAAGACUUUUGAAAAGUUGUAUUAAAGAACUGUUAUGUGAAAUAG